AAUGAGAUAUUAAACUCCCCAUUGAAAAUUUUUCUAUAUGACUCGAGAGAAACAGGUAGAUUUGGGUAAUUUUCCUUAUAUAGCUGGAUACAUUUUGUGAUUGACAGUUAUUCAGGGAGAUAAAUCUUCUGAGAUUUUCCUUUCCCAUAAUGACUCGUUUUUCCCUUGAGAGACCCGAUGUGGUUUUUCAAUUGCUGCAAAUUUUCUUCUGAAAGCUUCUUUGGCCUGUUUUUGUGCGUUCCUCUUCUAUCUGUUGGGGACUUCCUCAUGUUCGUCAUACUCAUUUGUAUAGUCUGACGUGAUUCCAUGUAGGACAAUAAAUGCUUUCUGACACACAGGUAUUUCCUUAAAUAUAUCAUCCUGUUUGACUCUGACAAUGUAGCGGAAUGUACAAUCAAGAAAAUUUACUGUAUCAGCAUCUACCCUGGCCCUCCUAUGGACAAUGAGAUUGACAGAAAUCAGACUUGUUAAAUAUGAAGACUGGUCGUUCCAGUUCCCUAACAUGUUGAAUGAUUUUAUUACUUCAUUCCUUUGUCCAGGAUCAAUGUGUUUGAAACAUUCAAACAUUGAGCAUUUGCAGUCUUUUCCCAAUUCAAAUGACAUAUUCUUGAUUUUUUCUCACAUCACUCAUUCUGCCAUGUACUUCCCUCUUCUUUGUUGACUGUUAGGUUAUGCCUUUUGAUUUUCAUCCGAAGAAUCUGAAGAUCCACUCAUGAUGAAAUCAAGAAGAACCACGGAGAAUUCACACUAUGAAACUUGAAGCUUUAAACUCUGAUGAAACGAUGUUAUGAUGACGAAUAAACUAUCUUUACUAACUGAAACUUCUUGCAUAAAUCAAGAACAACCACGGAGAACUCACACUAUGAAACUUGAAGCUUUAAACACUGUUAACAAGAUGAUAUGAUGACAAGAACAUUCACAUAACGUAUCUCGACUUGCUGAAAGUUGCAUCACUACUGACAAUGAGUUAAGCUCACCAUGCUGUAGUCUGGACUUGCAGCGUUCUUUCCCAGUAGCGGUGUACUAGCCUCGUUCUUUCCGUGCAUGCUAUAUUUUCAAACCUCAAUAUCUCUGAAAUUAACAACGUUUUUCGCGAGUUUAUGUGUCAUAAUGUAGUUUUUCGACCUGGCUACCAGAUAGCGUCAUAAUCCCAUUUUUCAAAAAAGUGGACUUACAGCGUUCUUCCCGUGGGCUCUUGUUAAUAGAAAUUAAUUAUAUUAAAUAAAUUAGAGUCAAAAUGAGAAGAAUUUGCCAGAGUAUAAUCACAUAUAUGAUUAAUUUAUUAUUUACUCUAGAAGACCAACAUUGUUUGAAAUCUCUACAUGUGGGAACAAAUAGCUAGAAAAUAAAUUAUGCUUUUCAAAUGUAGAGAAAUGAAAAUGUCGUUCCAAUUUCCAUUAAAAUAUCUCCUAAAUUGAUAUAUUUUCUCGUGUUCAAUAAUAGGUACCGUAAUGAGAAUUUUGUUAAGUUUGUUCACAUUUUCUUGGUCUGCAUGUCUCCUUUUAUGGGAUGAUCCCAAGUUGAUCAUAUUCUGCUCCAAAUCUUGUUUCCAAAAAAUACAUUUUUGCUCCCAACCUUUUUAAAAAUCCUCCAUUUUUGAAAUGCGGACACCAGGAUCACCUGUUCAGUUAAACUGGUCCUUAUUUAUAAAUACUGUUGUAGUGGAUAUUAUAAAUGUUUUUCCAUUGUGAAGACACAUGUAAUUGUGACAAGGUCCUGGGGUUGCAUGCCUCCUUCUUUGGAAUGAUCUCAAGUUGAUUUUGAUUUAUAUUUUAAACUCUUGUUUCCAAAAAACAAUGUUCUCAAUCUGGAUCUAUAUCAACUCCAGUCUUUUCUUCUUUGUCCUUUUUUUCAAAAUGAUUCUCCAAUAAUCUCGAGGACUUCAUCGAGCAAAAUUCGAAAGAAAUUGCUCUCCAUCCCUCUUUUCGUGCCUACAGAGGGAUAGAGCCGGGUCGGUUUAUCUGCUUUAGAUAGUUCCAGGUCCCGUCCUCGUAACCGACUACCUAGAUGCAUCUGUUUUUCCAGUCCAAUUUUACUUGUAAUGAAUUUUCACCUUUGUCGUAACUUUCAAUUUUCAAUCAAUUUUUUCUCUCAAAAUUUAUGGAAAAUAAUUGGCUACAUUAGAAUAAUUUCAAAUGAGAAUUGUUGGAAAUUAAAGACCAAAAAAAUUUUCCAGUCCAAUUUUACUUAAUGAAUUUUCACCUUUGUCGACACUUUUAAAUUUUCAAUCAAUUUUUUCUCCCAAAAUUUAUGGAAAAUAAUUGGCUACACAUUAGAAUAAUUUUAAAUGAGAAUGGUUGAAUAUUAAAGUUCAUGAAUUUUGUUCAAAGCUUAUUGAAGUUAGUUGUUGAAGUUUUUUAUUCGUCAUGUUAUCUUAUUAGUUGAAAAGUUUUUAUAUUGCGUUAUGGAAAAUCCCAUGUUUCCCAUCGUAAUUGAUUUAAAGAUAUACUUUUUUAAAUUCAAUUCAAAUGUUUGUUAUAAAAAUGUUCGUAGUGUAAAAAUAUUUACUGCACUCUCAUACAUCCUAUUCGUUAUAUUCAUGUACAAUCACAAUAUAUCCUAAGAGCGGUUAUUCCUUCAUAAAUGUAUAAGCUAUAGGAAUAAACUAUAACAUUAAUUAUUCCAUUAUAAUAAUUAUAAAAUGUCCUAAACUCCAUUCAAAUCCUCUCAUAAUCUUCAUUUCAAGCCUAUGCUUGAUUCAUUUUCUAUUAUGCAUUUUAUCACCAUUUAUUAUAUUUAAUUUUUGUAUUUGAUUUAUACCAACUGAUUAUCAGCAUUUAUUUCUAGAACAUUCCGAUUUAUCGAGUUUGAUAGCAUUGAUAGAAUUUUUUUAAAUCUAUUUUUAAUUCAAAACUUGUGAUAAGAGUUAGUUUAUAGUAUUAGAUUUAUUUAGAGAAUGAGAAUAUAUUGUACUGAUACAAAUGUUAUAAUUUUCAGAUUUUAUAAAAAAUAUUUGUUGUUAAUAGAAAUGAAAUCAAUGAUUAGUUCACAAAGUUCAAUACAGUUUUGAUCUAAGAUCAACAAUUAAUCGAAUAUUUAAGACCAAUCAUCUAUUGACGGUUAAUUGAGGAUUAACUUUUGAUCAAAGAUCAAUCUUGAUUGAAGUAAAUAGCUAUAAGACUUGGAAAUAUUGGAAUUUUAUUGCCUAUAGUUAGUAUAUAAUUUUUUUUAAUAUUUAUUUUGUUAUUUAUAAAGUGCGGAGCAAUAAAAUAUAAACUGGAUGAAUAAUUCGUAUAUAAUGAAAUUUACAGUCUUAUUCUUUUGGAGAAUGAAUAUUUAGCCUCUCUGAAUUUGAUAGAUUUGAUCUGAAUCUUCCACUGAAUUUUCCAUAAUAAUUAUAUACUACAGGGUUUAGCAAAUGUAUCAUAUAUAAUGAACAGUUUUUGCUUAUGUAGUAUGAUAGAGUUGAAGAGGUCAUUUAUUUUAGUUUUUAAAAUUGUAUAAAAAUACAGGAGAUAAUAUUAUAGUACGCUUGUUUAGGGUUUACAAAUAAGUUAUCAAAUUAUGUUUCAUUUAAAUUGUUUUUUCUCAUGUAGCACAUGUUCAAGACUCGUCUGUUGAAAAAAAUCGUCGUUUAUCAGGUAAGACCUGAAAGUCUCUAAUGCUGGACCCGAGCCACUGAGGUCAUAGUCUAAUAUUAUUAAUUCAUAACCAAGACUGUAUGAAACUAUAUGUUACAACAAAGAAGGCUUUUGUGAAUUCUUUAUCAUGUGUAGUUCUGACUCAUAGAUCUUUCAACUGCUUUGAUAGAAAACUUAAGCUCUCAUAAGAGCUCAUAGCAAUGAUAAUGAUUUAUUCAUAUUGAUCUCCAGAUUUUUCCAUUCAAUUAUACUGUAUUAGGUUUCUGUGUGAAAACUUGAAUUUUAUAUGGAGGAAUGUGUCUGUCAUUGUCAUUUUUAUUUAUCGAAAAAACGUUUCUCUCAUAAUCUUAUAGAAUUUCUUAAACUUGAGCAUGAACUCACUCUAAAUAUUGAGAAAGUCAAUCUUCUUAAUUCGACUAUCGUUCGCAAUAAAUAGGUCGAAUAAAGUCCAAUAUGAAUAAUUUGUCAGUCCCUUAGCAUUAGAUUACAGCAUUAGAUUCAGCAUUGAUUAAGCUAGGCUAGAAACAUUCUAAGUAAAGUAAAUUAUUACGUGACUAGAUAAACUAGCCAACUAAAAUUAGAUUAGAAAUCGACUCACAAAGUAAUUCAAACUGAGAAACUAUUUUUGUAUCUCCAAAUAAAUAAAAAUGAGAAAAUUUUAACUCAAUAAAGUUGCGAUAGCAUAGAUGGCGAUAUUACGGAAAAUUAUAUAAAUAAUACUAUGAAGAACAAUCAAAACAAUUCUUUGUAAAUGCAAUAUGUAAUCUUACAUUAUGUGUGAUAUACAGUAACAUCAUGCUAUCAUAAUUAACGCCUAUAGAUAUGUAAUUAGAAGUCGAAACUCAUCUCAUGAAUUAUUCUUGUUUUUGAUAACUAUUUAUUACCAAAUCGAAGCUCUAACGAUGAAGUUAUGAUAGCUAGUCUACUAGUCGAUAAACUUCUAUAAAAAUAGAAUUGGUGAUUCCAUUCCCUUCAAUAUGUUGAAUUUCAUUAAUACUGUUUGAAAUGAAAUUUUAUGUUGUCUUCUCAAUUAUUAUUUGCUGCCUCAAGUCAUGUUGAAUUGAAAAAAAGAUAAAUAUUUAUUAUGUUUCUAAAAUUGAACCUUGCUUCAUUUAGACGACUGUUACUGUGGAUAGGAAAAAAUUUCUCUAACAUAUUUGAAUUUGAAGAGUACUUACUUAUUCACUUGAAUUAUUCCAUAAAUACGAUGUUUUCUCACAUAUAAAUUGGAAUGAUUCUACUUCCAAACCUAUUUUUUUUUCAAUUGAUCUACUUGAAUUCUUUUAAAUUUCAAAUUAACUAUAAUUUAUCCACUUUAUUUGUAUAUGUAUAACUCAUUUACAGGAAGGAGAGACUCAUCAAACCUUUUUAAAAGCCAUGAUUUUUAAUCAAUGUCUGAUCUGUUGGAAGAAAGAGAAUGUUAGUAUUCAUGGGAAGUGCUCACACAUUUGUUGCAGUCUACCACUGUGUGAACAUUCCCAUAUAGUCCAGUCAAGGAAAGGUUAUAGAGGGAAAAGUUGGGAAGACAAUUUUUGACCCCGCAGUUCUGUUCAGGGUAGUAAGGAGGUAAGCAAGCUUCAUCUUUCAAAUGAUGUAUUAUUUCACUAUUCCAAGUGUUCAUUUCAUUGUUAUAGUAGCCUCAAUGUAGGGGUGAAAUUUUCAUUGCUGCAACAAUUGUCAACUCAGCGGUUCCACUCCUUCAACAGAGGGGAUAAAGAUGUGCACUGUUGCUAUGUUUACCUACUAACUAGUCCAAAUAAAGCUGCAAAGUCAAAAAUUGUGUCACAGACACCCCCUUCCAAUGUGAUUGUCAAACGAUCAAUUGUUGCAGCAAUGAGAAUGUCACCCCUACAUUGAAGCUGCUAUAACAGGAAAGGAAAACUUGGAAUAGUGAAAUAAUACAUCAUUUGAAAGAUAAUUCAAUGCUCUAUAAACCUACGAUAAGCAUAAGUUUUUAUGAUGCAUUGUUGGAGAGUUAUAAGCCCUGAAAGAGCAAAACAUUGGAUAAAAAACUGUUAUUUUAACAAUUACACACCUUCAAGAGCGAAUACCUCGGAGCUAUUGGGAGUAUCAAAAAAUUCCACAAAACAAAAAGUUUAGAGAAUUUAUCAAGCUUUUUUUGAAUAGUUAGUUAUAUCAGUUGAAUGCAUUGCUCUCAAUAUAUGAGCGUGGAAGCAAAACGCUGAAAAAUGCAACAUUUAAACCACCCUCAUCCCCUUAGCACAUGAGUGAGGAAUGGGGACUUUUGAUAUGUUCUCCUCCUAACUAGUCUCAACAAUGCUGCAAAGUCAAAAAUUUUGUUUAAAACAUUCCCUCCAAAUUCGUUUGUCAAUUGGUCUAUUGUUGCAAGAAUAGAAAUUUCACACUAGACACUAAAGCUGCUGCAAAAGGUGUAGGGAAAUUUGUAAAAGUAACAAAUUAUACAUCAAAUUGAAGAGAAUUUGAUACUUUAUAAGCUCAUAAUCAACAUGGAUUUUGCUCAUUGUUUUUUAAAAAGUUAUAAGAGCAAAAAUAGAAAAAAAUUGGUGGCAAACGUGUUUUUUCAAAAAUGUCACACUUUCAAGAGCGGAUAUAUCGAAAACUAGAGGAGAUAUAAAAAAAGUUGUAGAAUAAAUAUUGUAGGAAAUUAUGUAAGCUUCAAUUUGUUAUAUGACAGUCAAGUCCUUAGUUUUUGAGUUCUAUGCGAGAAGCCAAAAAAUUGUACCUAUAAACCACCCCCUCCCCCUUAGCACAGGGGGUAGUGGUGGGGACUUUUGAUAUGUAUACCUCCUUACUAUCCUAAACAGAACUGCGGGGUCAAAAAUUGUCUUCCAAACAUUUCCCUCUAAACCCUUUUUUGAGCAUUCAUUGCCUGGUCUGAUAAGGACUAAUCGUAUUCUUUUUCUGCUUGCAAGUCAUAAAUUUAUUCGUAAGCAGGGAUUAAGUAAAACACCAUGUUGUCUUAGUGAAGAUCUCAUGAAAAUAAUGACUAUAAAUAAUAAUGACCCAAUUCUCAUUGGAUUAGUAUGAUACACGGUUUGCGCUUGCAGUGCAAAGCUACAAGAUGUGCAUUGGUCAUUUCUCAUCUUCUUAUUGAAUGAAUAUUGCAUGCAAAUUUUUCUUUAUGACAGUCUCUCCUCUAAAUGUUGUGGAGCCAUUUUGAUUAACUUACUCGUAUAUAAACAUUGAUAAGUUGUAUAUGCAAAUCUUAAACUUUUAUAUGGUAUAAGAUACAAGAAAAUCUUAUUUUAAUCUCUAUACAGAUCUUGUUAAUGGAUUGGAUUUAAUUGUUAAAUCUCUUGUAUUUUGAAAAUUUAACGGCUGAUUCUACUGCCCGUAGCUUGUAAUAUGAAUAAAGUUUUCUGUAUUCUUAAACAAAUACGUUUAUGAAACAGGCAUUAUUUCAAAUUAUUUUUAUUCUUUGAUAUGGUUUAUCGUAUUUAGAAAUGCCUUCAGUCUCAUUCUAGUAUGAAUGAGAAAAAACAGUUUUUGAAUGAAUGUUGAAAAAACAAAAAUAAUCUAGAAAAAUAGGCACUACUGUUUAAUAAUUAGUUCAUUUUAUUAUUAGCCCUUCAUGAUACCAAAGAACACAUCCCAAUUGACAACCAAACAAAUAAAAUACUGAAAUUAGCUUUCAUAAAGACCUUUUAUGUGAUGUAUUAGUUUUGUACUUUAUCUUUGAGAGAAUUACAAUUUAUUAUUACAGCAGAGUUAAUUAAAUUCCAAUGUUUAAAUGCUCAAAGAGACGUUUUUAUAUAACACUCCUGUACUAGAACAUUUUUAGCGGUUGCAUAAAACAUUAUAUUAUAAAGGUGUCUUUUAUAUUGAACACUGAAUGUAAGAUAUUUGCACUUGUAUGUAAUUCGUAAGUAAAUAUUCAUUUUAAACUCAUCCAUGUAUUUUAUUAUUCUAAAAUAUUCGACUUUCCUUGACUAUCUCCUGAAGUAGGUACUUCGCAAAAUACGCUUGAAGCGAAGCGUUGAGUAGUAUGUGUAGUAUGUGUAGUUAAUGCAAUAAGUAGGUAAAUCACCCUACACAUUGGGACAAGUUGCGUCUACUACAGUUAUUGUAUUACAGAGUCACUGUAGCGUCUGCUAUUAUAGUGGAAAAACGCCAUUACUCGGGGACAAUAGACGGAUUUUCUGUAGCCGAUUUUCUGUAGUUCAGUGGCUGGUUCUAGUUGACGUCGCUAUUAUCCCGAUGUGCAGGAUGCUUUAGUAAUAAAGCAGGGAAUGCUGAGGAUUUUUGUUUGAAGCAGAUUUAGGUAGAGAGUGGAUAAAGAGGACUCCUCAAUUCAUUUAUUGAUAAUAACAAAGAAUAAUAAAUAUAUAAACCAAUAAAUUAUAGAAACUAUCAAAUUGUUGAGGACGUAGGAAAAAUGUAAGACUGGGAAAAGAAAUAUAGAUGGCAAGGUGAAGAAUAAUUUCCAUGGAAAAGAAGUCAGGAGAGAAAAAAUGUAGAGAAGACUGGUGAACAAGAAGAAAAUGACAGAUGGAGGAGGAGGAGGUGGUGGUCAACAAGAAGAAUAACGGUGGAGAAAAAAAGAAGAGGACAGGAGGGGAUGGAGGACGAGAAGGAGAAGAAGAAGAUAGGAGGAAAAGGUAAAGAAGAAUAAUAAUAACAACAGAGCGUUAUCUCGUUACCAUAGAUACCGUUGCUAUGUAAACAACUUCUUCUUUCUGACUAUUGAUGAAUUCUAUAGGCCUCCUGAUUAUUCAUCCAGUAAUAGAUUAUAGAACUUGAACUUCCAUACUCUUGAAAAAAAUAGUUUCUUCAAUAGCUAGUCGUAAUAUUUCUGUGAUGAUAGUAAUAUUUACUUGUUGACAAUUUCCCAUGUGGCUUAUUUAAUAGCACUUACCUUUUACAGAAAAUACUUCUUUCAUUUCCAGAUUGCUGAAAGGAGUUGACAUCUAUUGAAUUAUAUUAAGAUACUCUACUGAUAAGUUGAAAGGAAGAAACAAAAAAUGGGGCCAAAGAAAAAAGGAAAGGGAAGCAAAUUGGCCAGAAUGUCUGAGGAAGAGAAAAUCAGAUAUCUUCAGCACAGGGCGGCUAUUGAAGAGGAAGCGAGGAGACGAAAAGAACAGCUGAUAUCGACUUUUAUGAAAAAUAAAUUAAAACAUGAAGAAGCAUUCACCAGAUUGAACUCGGCAAAGAUCAACCAGCAAUGGAGACAUCUAUUGAGAAAACUUAAGUGUAAAGAAUUGAAAGACGACAUGGAGGCAUUAUGGAAAUCAUUUGAAACAACAAUGAACUGUAAAACUCGCCUCAUCGACACUCUGCUGUCUGAUUUGGAAAAUGCUGACUGGCAAUACGCUAUGAUGUUUCACUCACAUUCUGAAACUGUUGAUAAGCUUAUUGAAUUGCAUCGAGACAGACUGGACAGUUUGCACAGAUUUUACAACAAAGAGCGCAUCAAAAUGAUGGCUAAAGCCAAGUAUGAACACGAAAAAAUAACUGCCAAGGGAAAUAGAGACGGUGAACAUCUGCAAGCGGUCAUUUUCGAGAUGAACAAACGUUUCUCCAACGAAAAACACAAAACUGAUUCGUCCUGUGAGAACAAGCAGGAUGAACUUCGUAAUCAGAUGCUUUCAGACAUAGAAAAAGUGGAGGAGGCGUGUGCUGCGAAACUGGAACAUCUGUGGCAGGCUCUGCAAAAGGUGUUGAAAGACUACACCUCGGCCAUCGAGCCUAUGCGCGUGCAUUACGGCGCACUCUGUGACAGAGACUCUGACAGCUCCACUCAGCUCAUGGUGCACUGCGAUACCAUCAACAAGUAUACGGAAUUGAUAAUAAAUCUGAAGCAACAGUUAGCAACGAAGCAGAAGAGCUACGAUCAAACAAUGUGUGUGUUGAAGAAAGAACAGAGUACGCUGUUCCAGAAAUUCCAUCACAUGCGAACUGAUGUGACCAAUCACAAUAAGUCGGCCGAAUCCAAAUUGACUCAUUUGUCAAUUGUCAGCAGUAAUGUGAUCAAAGAGUUGACAAGGAAAUUGGAGAAAGCCAAAUCUGUUAUCCAGUUGAGUGAGAAGUGCAAGAAAUUCCAAAAGGACGAAGAGAAGUCGUUGCUGAGUUAUUGCAGGCACCUCAUGAUCAACAAGGAGACAACUGCUGAUCAAAAGGAGAAAAUACCGGAACCAUUUGAUAAACUGGGUAACUUUUGGCACCUGUACAAUGAGUCGGUUGUUGACUGCUACACUCUGAAACUGCGCAAGGAAUCGCUGCUGGCCGACAACCGCCAGCUCAAGCGUCUGCUGCGUCAUUACUUGAACACUCUGGCGCAGCCUCACUCAGUCCCCAACAAACGGUCGCAGUUGACAUUCAUUCCUGCCUAGGUCAAUCGCAAUAUCUGAAAAUGUUUUAGAUAUCCCUUCGCUUUCCAAAGUUGUUGAUAACUCCCCAUCAAAAUAUCAAAUCUGUCAAUUCCUUAAAAAUUAAUUUUCUUUGAUCUGUUUUUAAAAAGAUAUGUAUCAGGUUUCUCAAUUCCCAAUGGAUUUUAACACAUUCUAUAUUCUAUCUUGUAUGCAUCUCGUAUAUUCAUUAAUAAUAGCUCAUAUUUGGUUGCUCUCAAAAUAAGCUUCCAUAUUCUUGCUCCUUAGGCACUCUGUUUCUUUCUCAACAUUGUACAAAUAUCUUAUUUAAUAUUGCAAAUUGAAUAAAACAAAUUAUUCUGGUUCAGAGUGUUUAGCAGUUUUGUAAUUUUGAAGAGGUUGUCUUUAUUAUGAACUAUUCUUUCGGCAGUAUUUUUUCCACAUUGCAAACGUCUUUUAGAUGUUUAGUCUUUCUUCUUUGCAAACGUAUUUUAGAUGUUUAAUCUUUAAUCUUUAUAUGUCUAUAUCAUUUAUUAAAAUUAGGAAAAACUAAUCUUUCCAAGUACCGUAUAUUUUUUCCAGGUUGGCCAUAGUUUCUCAAAAGAGAUUAUAUUUUGAAAAAAGAUGAUUUUAUUUAUUAAUCUUUCAAAAAAGGAUAUUAUUUUGUCAAAAAAUGAGGCACUGUUGUUUCCCUCCACACUUCACACAUUCUUCAUAGACAUAUUAUUGAUGUCCCUUGAAUGAUAAAGUCUUGUUUGAUUGCACAGUACGUUUAGUUCAAUUUUUAUUUGUCAAAUAUUGUAUUGGCGCUGUUCUAUCCUUCACAUUGCACUCAUCUCUAUUAUUGUGAAAUUUGUAAAUUGAAACAAUAAUUUUUGUUUGCUUCUAUCGCCUCCACAAUUCCAAAAUGCUAGGCUAUCUUUGUCAAGUAUUCUUCUUAUUUGACAAUGUUUCUUUUAUUGUUCGAUUUUUAUAUUCGCAACAUUUUUAUAUUUGUUUAGGCCUAUAUAUCUUUCCUUGUGAUCUAAUUGAGCUACUUUCAUUGUUCUCAUAACUCUUAAUAUGUUCCUUGAUGGAUCUGUUAUUUGAUUCAUUUGGCAAACCUACUCUUGUGAAAUAUUUUCAUUUCAAUUCUAUUUAGUUGCUUAUUCUGUUUCUAUAUUCCUUUGUUUCAUCGAAACACUUCAUCGGUAAUUUCAAUUUUUAAUUUUUUGGGGGGACUUCCACGAGUAGGCCUAUAUUAUUUAGUCACUACCCAAUAUUCUUCCACUUUCCUAUCCGUUUUCUGUUUGUCGGCUCUCUUAUUUUUCAAUUCUCUCAAUUCAAAAUUCAUACAGUAGUCUAUUUCUGAUUUACUUCAUUUUUGAGCGUAUUUCUAUUUUUAAUAUCAAUUCAUUCUGAACAGGCGCGAAUCUAGGACUCCAAGUUUGGUGAGGGGGCGAUUUGGGUGGUCUUUCCUCACGUUCGACUCCCCCCAUCCCAAAAUUUUUGAAGUUUUAAAUCGAAAACAACAGUUGGGAGCUUUAUUUUUUUAAUAUUUGUUCGUAGAUUUUUAGAUUUAUUCAUUAAAAUGCCAAGGUCAUGAUACUUAGUUUUGUACCCACAACAUUUUUUUCAAACACCACUUGGAAUAGUACAGACCCCCCCCCCCCCGAUCCGAUCAUCGAGCGUAUAUUAUGUAUACCGGUACGUAUAGUACCGUAUUAGUAUUUUCUCGACUUCGAAUUGUACAGUUUAAAAAAAAAAUGCAUUUUGGAUUUUUUAAAUGGCUUGUUUUAUUUUUAUCAUAUUUAGUGUUUUGGCUGACUAUUUCAAAAUUCGAAAUCUCUUGUCUUUCCGUUUUGAAUCAUUAAUCACUUGACUCAGAAAUCAUUAAUUCAGAAAUUUCACAUUCAAUUUGUGUGUAAAUGUAGCAUACUUUUUAAAAAUUGAGCCUGUUGCAUUGCUUUUUAUAAAUUGAAAUUUCUAAACCAGAGUAUUCUAAUUUCAUAUAAAUUCUUUUACAAUAAUUAAUUCAAAAUCUCUUUGCAGAUUACAAUUGACCCUAUUAACAUUAAAUCUUGUAAUUUGAUGAAUAUAUCCAUCCAAAAUUGAUUUAAAUUACAAUUACAAACACCGAACAAUUAUUUUGUAUGGCUUCAUUCAACAAUUUAUGAAAUUCAUCAAUUUAUUGACACAGAGAACGCUGCUUUGCAAAUUUUCAAUGAAAUUUGAAAUUUAUUCUUCCAAAAAAUACAUAGAUUACAAUACAUAGAACUGAUAUUAUUGAAAAAAUAUUGUGUUAAACAACCCCUGAGCUUAUACAGUGCUAGCAAUGCAUCCCUAAACAAUUUAGAAAACUAUUUCACAUGAAUAGUGUAUUUAUUAUUUGUCUGCUGGCUGAUUUCAUUCAAAUAUUCUCGAUGAGAUUCAGAGCAUCAGAUUCAUGAUAAUUUUCGAUAUGCAUGCCGUGGAACGGUAUCACUUAUCAGCAAUCAUUAUCGGAGGUAACUGUCACUCCAGCAAUCAGAUAAUGUCCAAUGCAGACUUGUCCUGUCCAUCCUGAGUAGCUGUUUGACGUAGCUCUGACUAUCAGUGCAUCCUAUUCAAUUGUAAAGCAACAGUCACUGUCAAGGAUACCUGUGAAUUUGUUGGACUACGGUACUAUUUGGAUUUUGGUUAGAAAUAGUUAAGUGCAUUUUUAAACGUGUU